AUGACAGCAAGACAACCGCAAAGAACAUUCAAUAAAGCUCUUCCCUGGAAGGACAAGAAGAAACAAAAGUGUACCCACUGUGAAUAUCUCAAUCAUACUGCUGAUAAGUGCUUUAAAAUCAUAGGAUAUCCUCCUGGCUGGAAGGGAACUAGAGGUCUAAGAACUUUGACCGACAUCCCUGUUGCUCAUGCUGUAAACUUGGAUCAAUCUACAGAAGAUAAGGGACCAAGUAUCACAUUCAAUCAAGACCUCUAUCAACAAUUCUUGGCAUUUGCUAAAACUCAACAAAAAUCUUCUCAACCACCCAACACAAUACCUCAAACAGCAGCCACCAUCACUACAGCCACAACCACCAAAGUCCACUUACCAAAUGGUUCCUCUGUCCCAAUCGGUCAUGUUGGGAAAGUCCAAAUAUCUGGCUUCUUGAUAAUGUCUUGUGAUCUAGCCAACAAGAGGAUGACUGGUUUUUCUAAGGAAAAGGAUGGCCUUUAUCAUCUCAUUACUGCUCAAGACAAACCUACACUCCUAUCCAUCCCCAGUAGUUCCACAGCUCAUGUCUCUCAGAAACUCAAUUACAAUCUAUGGCAUUGCAGGCUUGGACAUAUAUCCAGUACAAGAAUGUCUAAAAUCCCUUGCAUGUCUUCUCAUAUUCUUAAAAAGUUGCCUUUUCCCGUUAGUAUUUCAGUUUCUAAUAAAAUCUUUGAUUUGGUACAUUGUGAUAUAUGGGGUCCUUUCCAUGUGUCUUCUUUUGAGGGUUACAGAUUUUUUUUAACCAUAGUUGAUGAGAUGACUAUUCAAGAUGCACAUUUCUAUAAUUCUUGUGGAAUUAUCAACCAAAGAAGUCGUGUGACAUCCCCCCAACAAAAUGGAAUUGUGGAGAGAAAACACACAAGGGCACUCCUUUUUCAAUCUAAUAUGCUCUUUCAAAAACCACCAGCCUAUGAUCAUCUCAAAACAUUUGGAUGCCUAUGCUUUGCAAGUACACUUAGUAAUCAUAGAACUAAAUUUUCUCCUCGGGCAUCUAGAUGUAUAUUUGUGGGUUAUGCCCUUGGAUACAAAGGCUACAAGGUUUAUGAUUUGGAAAAUCACAAGACUUUUUCACAUGAUAAUCUCGAUACAAUAUCUGACCAUGCUUCUCCUAUUCCUCCAUCAAUUGACAACUUACCUCAUCCCAGAAAAUCUAACAGAACUAAACAUCCACCUUCCUAUUUGCAUGACUACCAUUGUGAUUUACCUUCUUCUAAUGCAAUCCAGCCUUCCAUGUUGCUGGCCAGACGCUCUACUUCUAGUAAACCUUUCUCUCUUUCUCACUUUAUCUCUACUGACAGACUUGUCCCCAAACACAAAGCUUUGGUUGCUUCUAUUUCUAAUGUUUUUGAACCUAAGUUUUAUGGUCAAGCCAUCAAAUUUCCUCACUGGCAAGUUGCCAUGAAUUUUGAGAUUCAGGCUCUUGAAAAGAAUAAUAAAUGGACCCUCACUAAUCUGCCACCGAACAAACAUACCAUUGGUUGCAAAUGGGUGUAUAAAGUAAAGUUUAAACCAGAUGGUAUUGUAGAAAGAUACAAGGCACGUCUGGUUGCCAAAGGAUACACGCAACAAGAAGGGUUGGAUUUCUUUGACACCUUCUCCCCUGUUGCAAAGUUGACAUCUAUCCGGGUUCUUUUAACUGUUGCAGCUGUAAAUAACUGGUCGAAGCAUGGAAUCAGUCUUUGUCAAAGAAAAUAUGCUCUAGAUGUCCUCGAAGAUUUUGGUUUUUCUGGCUGCAAACCAGUGGCCUUUCCUAUGGAUUCUAAUCUCAAGCUCAAGUUAGAAGAUGCAGACCAAUUAUCUGAUCCUUCUAGUUAUAGAAGGCUGAUUGGCAAAUUAAUAUAUCUCACCAUUACAAGGCUUGACUUAGCAUAUUCUGUUCAGGUUCUCAAUCAAUUCAUGUCCAGUCCAGCUCAAUCUCAUCUAAAUGCUGCUCACAGGGUUCUUAGAUAUCUUAAAGCUACUCCAGGUCAAAGGUUGUUCUUUCCUUCCAACUCUAAUUUACACCUCAAAGCUUAUAGUGACAGUGAUUGGGCCGGUUGUCUUGAUACCAAACGCAGCAUUACUAGUUUUGCCAUCUUUCUUGGGGAUCCUUUGCUCGCGGAUGUUCUUACUAAACCACUUGGUUCUAUCAUGUUCCACACCAAUAUAUCCAAGAUAGGCAUUCUGAACAUCCAUGCCCCUCUUGAGGGGGGCUCUUACAAUACAACUAAACCAUCAGAAGAAGUAAAGAAGUCUCCAGAAGAAGACGCAGACUAG